CGCCCUUUCAUUCCUUCAGGGAGAGGGACAGUUAAGAGGAAACGCAGCAGCUGAGUCGUUCCUGUUGUGUUUGUUUGAAGCGUGUGGCCUAGGCAGCGUGCGUGUUUGGUACACCGCCUUUCGCAGGAACACGGACUCUGUCGACAAAAUUCCCUUUGAACAGAAGCGGGUGUGAGGAAAAUAUAAGUCCUAAUUAUUAUUUUAUAAGGAAGCAUGGACUCUUGCUGAUGACAACCAACAUUCUCGUGGAUUUCACUAGUCUGGAGUGGAAAUAUGCUGCUGCGUUCAUGUGGAAGCCUCGAAGUAGACGGAAAUUGUCAUAAGUAAGGCGAAUGUGGAUGUAUGCUCUCCAGGGCUUAAGAGCAAGGUGUCCACAUCAUGCCCAUUGUUGUAGAUCCUUAAUUACCACCUCAUCAUCUUCAAGAGACAAAAUGGGUUCCAAUGUUGAACUUGAUAUUGGAGCUGAUAUUUCAGAUGAACGACAUUGUAAGAAUCAAGAAGUGAGAAAUUCAACAAACUGUGGACUGAAGAGGAAACGACAGCAGAAGAUCUCUCCUUAUUCUCACAGCCGUCAACCAACAAAAUGUGAAGAUUUUGAAGUUGAGAAAGCCAAAUCAUGGACAGAUGAAAUGUUUGACUUCAUCAAUAAAGAGAUUGCCUUUUACAAGUCAGACGUAAAGAAGAAAGAGACUUCCAACGCUUCUGGGAUUCAACACUGCACUGGACAACCUCUUGACCAAGACGGGUUGAAAAGCAGCAAAGGAACAGAAUUAUUUCCCAGCUCUAACAAGAAUUAUAAUACAUCUGCAUCAGAGAACUGUUUAAAAGAUUAUCAACAUGUCAUGUUGGAUGUUGCUGCCACUUGCACAAAGAAUGAAGCAGAGAGUCCAGUGACUGUGACAGCAGUGUCUGGGGUCACUGUGCCAGAAGAGACUGAGAAGUACCCAGGAUUAACGGUGCGCUGCAAUUCCUCACAAGGAGAGCGUGAGAGACUCAAAGAAACACCAGGCGCUCUACCUUUGUUAUCCAAGCAUGUGAGAUGGGAGAGGGAGGAUGUUAGCCUCAAACCAAUUGAAGGAGUAGGUUUAGGCAGUGGGCCUUGUGUGAUUGGUGGAAAUCAAGAUAAAAAUGUAAACCAACUUCAGAAAAUUGAAGACCAACACUACUGCCAUGUUGCAUCUAAGGAUGCAGUUGCAGUUUCCAGCCUAGAUUCAUUAACUGAUAAAACUGAGCUGGGGAAAACGCGAGUCUCUAUGUACCAAAGUGAACAAUCGGUGCGCAACCAAACAAGCUAUAAAAAUGCUGAAGAGGAUACAACUGGUGUGUGUUUACAGGCUUGUGCAAGCGCAUCUCUUCCUUUGAAUAAAGUGAGCAGUGGAGAGCUGUUCUAUGUAACGGUUAUAAAAGAUCCACAAUAUGACGAUAUUUCAGACACCGAAAAUUUAUCGAAUAUGGACACGAAUCUCCUAAACACAAAUCAAAGGGACCCUUCAUAUGAAGAUGUGAGUGAAGAUGAGAAUCCAGAAGUUGAUAAUAAUGACGAGGAGAUGCCUUCACCUUCAUGUGAAGUGUCUGAAGCCAGUAAUACGCAGUUUGGACGUGUGCAGAGUCAGGCCGAGCUUCCAAAGAACCAAACACUUGGCAUAGCACAAGAUUGCUCUUGUCCAUGUUUUGUUGAAACUGAGGAUGGGUUUGAACGUUUCUUAUGUCCUAAAUGUGACGGUGAGAAACAUUUAGAUUGGCAAGCAAGCUGCUCUUUGAGCCCCCUUUCUGACGCGCAAGAUCAAGAGGAGACUGAUGAAGACGAUGAUUGGCUUGUUAUGCCUAUUAGCGUAUUAGAUGUUAAAUGGGAACCAGCAGAUGAAGGCCAGGCUGACCCAGAAACUGUUUCACAGCAUGAUGGUGAGCAUGAAGACCAGGUAAAACAAAGUGACACAAAUCCAGCUGUCUGUGAGGUACCCGGAUCUGUUCCAAACCAUGUGCCAGCUUCUGCUUUUUCCAUGAUGGAGGUUUUUGAAACACCUUCUCAUCUAGCAAAAGUCAUACAAUCUAGAGAGACAAUGCAACAGUCCUUCAUGACGCCUUCUUCCUGGGGCACAACUGAGACUAAAGCUCAGAGACCACAAAAUAAGGAGUCACAUAGUGCUCCUGAUGACAGUUGUGAAACUGACGAUAGUUCCGAUUACUCUUCUGAUUCAGGACGUAACUAUCUGACCGUGUCCAAACAGUGGUUAAAUAACCUGUCAGCGCCUGCGUCAGCAGAGAAAAAUGACUCUGGUUCUGAAAAAGUAAAUGAAGACCAUGAGAUGGCAAACUUACAACCAAGUCAAACGGGGAACAGAAGCAAGUCUUCAGAAAAGGAUGACAUCAUCAACCUUGAUUCUGACACCGAGGAUGAAGGUGUCCAAAGCUGUCCAGAGACACAAACAAAGAGAUUAUUCUCUACGCGCACAGAGAACAGUGGAGCUGCCAGCCUUAAUCAACUGAAGAAACCUUCUCCUGAAACUGUGGAAGGAAACUGUCAAACCAAUGGACGUACAUCUAUAGAUUUAUCCAGAUGUUGUGACGAAGUGAUCCAGAGUGGGAACCCUGACCUUUCACAAAGGACAGAAAAGUGUAAUAAUACUGGAUCUCACCAUGGUAGAAAAGCACGAAGCAUUUCAGAUGAUCCUGCUGUUAUAGUAAUAUCUGACACAGAGGAUGAUGGAAACCAAAGCAACAGACAUGUCAAGAGGAGAAGUGGACUAAUCUCUGAGUCGACGGGGAGGGAUGGUACUUCACAAGGUGAAAAAAGGAAAAAUAAUAAAACGCAGGACGGCAAGCAUGAAAGUGCUGAAACAGAGACCAAAGAGCCUGGUAUGUUUCCUGCAGACACAAAGUCUCAGCAUCAAUCCAAACUUCAACAUCCACAGUUGAAAGAAAAGAGACGGGAUGUAAGUUUUAGACUAUCGCACAGUAUAAAGAAGAGAAAACUGAUUCAAGUUAUAAGGCAUUUUCAGCAAAAAGCCAACAGACCACCUACCUCAAAAACAGUGGAAACAGACAUGGAAAAAGUCCUUACCAAAAGGAAGACCAUUUCUUUAGACAUGGAGAAUAGCAAUAGUAUCUUCAUGGAAGCUCAAACCAACAUUUUUGCCAAUGAAAACUCUCAAAUCGGUCUGUCAUCCAAAGACUCAUCUGAGAAGCUUCUGAAGUCUGGGGAGAGGGAGGUAUACUCCACUAAAGCUUGCCACAAGCAUGUUCAACAAAAGGCAAAAGGGACUUUGGAAAAAGCAUUAGAAAAAUGCAUUAACACACAGAAGAGAAGAACCAUAGUACUCUCAUCACAAACUGAGGGCAGCAAUGAUGCCUUACUUUAUGCACAAACUAGUCCAUCCUCCAAGUACAUGCCUAAGAGGUGUCUCCAGACUCUGGAUUUGAGUCCUAAUCCUGUGAGUCCUCACUUUUUUGUUCAGAGAGCUUCUCAGCCUAGUGAGCACCUGAAGCACAUGGAGCAGUCUACAGCCCAAAAAAAUAAAACUCUGGUGACACCAGAAACCAGCAAAAACACUCGCUCCUCUAAAAAGGAGACGCAACAUUUUUACAAAGAGAUAAAUGACAAGACUGGAUACAGAGGGAUGCACCACACUGAUACACACCAUACAUUACUUUCUAAAACUAAUACCAGCUCAGAUAGUGCCAGACGACAUUUUUCUUUAUACAGUUUACAGCAAUCUCAUUCCUACAGCAGCACCUCAACAUUAAGUCAGUCUUACACUCAUACAAAGGACCCAUCAUCCUUUACAUGCAUGCAGCAUUCAGCCAAGAAGCAAGUGUUUAAUGACCGUCAAAAGAGCUUUGUCCCAACCAGGAGAGA